AUGGGGUCGUAUACUCCCCUUCACGACCAGGAGGUCCAUACCAUCCAUAUCCCCGAAGAAGUGCGCAAGUCAGGCAAACCAACGCUUGAGCUCAUCGCCGAGGGCGCGGCGUUCUUGCACAAGGAUGGUAUCAUCGUGCUGGACAACGCCAUCGACCCGGAGCACCUCGACACACUCAAUGCCAAAUUGGCGCCGGAAGCGCUCGAGAUCGCGGCCGACCCAGACCACCACUUCAACUUUGGCAAGCACACACGAAACAUGGACCAAGCGCCGCCUCCCACCCGGGACCUGAUGUUCAAGGACAUAUGGUGCAACCCGUUCGCGGCGGCCAUCCUGGCGGCGGUCCUGGGUCCGCGACCGGUCAUCCACUACGCCAACGGCAACACGGCGCUCAAAGCCCCCCCGCACGGUCGCCAACCGGUGCAUUCAGACUGCGAGUUCGCGCACCCGGCGUAUUUCCCGUUCGCGUACGUCAUCAACAUCAACCUCGUCGACGUGACGCCCCAGAACGGCGGGACCGAGGUGUGGGUCGGCAGCCACCAGGUGUCGGUGCACGAGGCGCACAACCGGCGCUCCGAGGAGGCAGAGGAUGAAGCGAGCGAGGGCACCGAGGGCGAGGGCCUGCUGACCAUCAAGCCCGCGCAUCUGGAGCAGCGCCGCAAGCACUCGCCGCCCGUGCAGGUUUCCACCACAAAGGGCAGCCUGAUCCUGCGCGACCUGCGCCUCUGGCACGCCGGCAUGCCCAACCUGACCGACGACCCGCGCAUCAUGCUCGCCUUCGUCGCCAGCCCGGCCUGGUGGCAGGGCCGCAGCAAGAUCAAGCUGCCCGUCGAGGUCAAGGACAUGGUCGAGAGCUGGAGCGACGACAUGGCCUUUGCCGCCGACUGGGUCGACGGCGAGGUCGACCAUAAGAAGCUGCGCAGCGCCGGCGUCGACUUUGACGGCAAUAGCAAGGCCCUCGAGAGGUUUCGGAAGGAAUUGAGUGUGUGGCCCGAGUAUCGGCCGAGAUGGUACUGA